CGCCUACAUCUAUUGUAAGUUAAUUACUCUCACUUAUCCUAGCUAAAAAGUUUGCUGGACUUCACAUUACCAAGCAACUCAAGCUAAAUUGCACUUUGCUGUGUUAGACAACGAGAAGGAACACAACAGGCUAACAGCUCAAGUCUAUCUCUGCAAGCUCGCCGCACCUUUUUAUGCUGCGCUUGCCAAAUGUGCGCCAUGCAGUCACCGUCCUUCCCUCUGGAGGCGGCGUUUUCCACUGGAAUAUAUUCGGCCACCACUUGUUCGCUCAGACUUAUAUCCACGAAAACGAGGACCAUCCCUUUAUAUUUCUUGCGCCACUACGGCCGAUGCCUUCCGCCGAGGAAAAAAGAAGCGUGUCCGGGUUUAGGUACCACCAGAUCAUUGUUGUUGGAUUCUUUCUUUGCUAGUAGGUGUCCCCUUCUACUAUAAGGUCCGCCAUUUCCAUUCCGCCGCCGCGAACUGGAGGAGCGAGCAUGUAUCCCGGCCCGGAACGCGCAUCGGCACACACACGCCAACGCCGCCACCACCACCAUCCGGCGAGGUAGGGAGGCAGCGACAUGGGUUGCUAUCCUCCCCUGGGCAAGUUCGUGUCUAAAGCGCUCGGAAAAUGCAACGGGCGCCAACGAUGGAGGGAAGGGAGGCUGGACUUCGAUUACGCCUUGGCCUAUCCGCCCACGGAGACCCACUACAUGCGGCCGGUGGCGCGCACGGUGACCUUCGCCAGCAACAACUCCAUCUACGUGAUCCCACCGUCGUCGCCGCCGCCGCAACCGCAACCGCAGCAGCAGAACGCACCAGAGCCCCAGCAACCCCAAACGCCGCCCGGACACGAGCCCGAGCAGCAGCACCAGCAGGAUCCACCCGAAUCCCAACCUCCUCCUCAACCCCAAACCACCGAGCAACCAGAGCAGCCCGAUCCACCCGCGCAAACGCAAGACGACGCGCCGCCAAAGGGCCCGAAACGAGGCAAGAAGAAGCAGCCCGGCCGCGUCCGGUUCGGCCCGGAGCCGCCUCCUCCCCCUCAGCAGCAACAGGAACAAGAGCAAGCACAGCAGAGCCCGGGCAACAUCGAGAAACCGCCGGAUCACGGGCCUCCUCACGGCGCGGCGCCCGCGCCCGCGGCCACGCAGGGGCAGCAGGGGUACCUGCUCCGGUACACGCCGUCGCCGCUGCCAAGGUGGGAGGCGACGCCGCGGCGGCACGAGUACUUCUCCGGGGAGUACCGGAGCUACUACCCGACGCCGGUGCGCGAGGGCAUCUACCGCAUCGCCACUGACGCCAACAGGCUCACCACCAUCUUCAGCGAGGAGAAUCCCAACGCCUGCACGAUCGUCUGAGACUGAGAGCGACGGGCGAGGAAUAAACCGUCCCACUCGUGCAACCACUUGAUGUCUCUUUCUUUGGUCCUUGGUUGAUUGGUGACUGGAAUCAUUAGCCAAGAGCCCAAGGAUCUGGUUCUUCUUGUAGGUGUUGUAGAUAAGAAAAGCAGGAAACUUUCGGCCCGGCCGGUAUGAUGAGAUGUAUGUAAACGUUCCUUUGCCUUGGAUUGUCGUUGUCCUCUUACGUUUUGAUAACCUUUACAAAACCGCUACUUCCUCGAAUAAUAUACAAAAAUAUUAAA